UAUACAUAUCUACCAAGGGGAUGGUAGAGUGGGGUUGGGGAGGAUGAUCUUCAAGUGGAACAAUAGUGUGAUUCAUAUCUGAUCCUACAAAUUCCUAUCCAUAGGUGAUGUCCAUAAGGCCUGGAAGCACGGAGGCCAGGACAAGCGCCGAAGCCCCGCCCAUCAACACCAAAGAUCUGCAGGAGGCACAGGCCAGGGUAACCGGGCAACAGGAGGUUACCAAGCAACAGGAGUCAACUGCCAGAGAGGGUAGGAUACCUACAUGUAUGGUCGCUGAUGCACUCUCGCAGUCAGACGGAGACGAGAGUCGUGAAAGGGAGCCGCGAGAGGGUGCUAAUCCUAAUGUUAGCAGUUAUGAACAUGAAGAGCAGGUGAUGUCCAUAGGGCGUGGAAGCAAGGAGGCCAGUACAAGCGCCGAAGCCCAGCCCAUCACCACUAAGGAAACCACCACCAAAGAUCUGCAGGAGGCACAGGCCAGGGUAACCAGGCAACAGGAGGUUACCAAGCAACAGGAGUCAACUGCCAGAGAGGGUAGGAUACCUACAUGUAUGGUCGCUGAUGCACUCUCGCAGUCAGACGGAGACGAGAGUCAUGAAAGGGAGCCGCGAGAGGGUGCUAAUCCUACUGUUAGCAGUUAUGAACAUGAAGAGCAGAGUACAUCCAGGUGGAGAAACAAGCACCGUCAUGGAAAACAUAGAGACAGGAGUGAACAUUCAUCAGAUAGAAGGGUGAAAAAAUAUCAGAAGACAUCUAAGGAUAUCAACAGUGUGAAGAGUGAUAUUAGAUGUUUCUCCGAAGAUGAUGACAGCGAUGAAUGGCUACCCUCAGGAUCUGGAAAGAGUGAAGAUGAAUCAGACGAUGAGGGUGAAAUUGAAUCAGAAAUUGAUUCAGAUGUUGACGUGGAACUUCAGCGCUUACUGGAAGACUAUGAUGACACAGUUAGCGAUUGUGACAGCGCCAGUUCAGAAGAUUUCCCGCUGGGGAUGUAUGUCUUGACAACAAAGAACAGCAAAAAUAAAAGGAAGUGGGACAAACAUCAGUGUUGCCCUUACUGUAUGAUUGAAGUUGCUAAACUACCCAGACAUCUUGAAGCAGCGCAUGGAAACGAAACUGAAGUUGCCCAAGCCUUAUCUUUCCCUAAAAAGAGCAAAGAAAGGAAGAAUCUGUUGGCUCUAAUAAGGAACAAAGGAAACCAUGCCCACAACGUACAAGUUCUGAAACAAAACAGAGGGUACAUUAUACCUGCUAGAAGACCAACUUACAUUUCCAAUCCCCGUGACUACAUCCCAUGUGAUGAAUGCUUUGGGUACUACCUGCGUAUGGAUAUGUGGCGACACAAAAAAAACUGUUUCAUGAGACAAUCCGAUCUACGAAAAAAAGGUGGGAAAUCCCUGCAAGCUCGAUGUGAAACACUCUUGCCUUUGCCAGACUCAGUGCCCAGGAAACUGAAGGAGAAGGUCUUUGCAACAAUGACUUCAGGUGAAAUAUCAUUCAUAGCCAGGCAUGACCCCAUGAUCAUUAAAUUGGGCUGUCAGUUUCUGAAUCAAGUAGAGCUCACUUCUCAGAACUACCAGUAUGUAAGUUGUAAAAUGAGGGAGGCAGCAAGACUUCUGCAGGAGAUGAGGAAACUUGAUUCCUCUGUACAAUCAUUAGAAGAUUGUAUUAAUCCGAAUAAGUUCAGAGACAUCACACAAGCAGUGAAAAACUUAGCAGGACAUAAUGAAGACACUGGGAGAUACGUAACACCCUCACUUGCCCUCAAACUAGGGCACUGCUUGAAACGGUGUGCCAAGAUUUUGAAGAGCAAGGCUUUGCAGCAUGCUGAUCCAGUUAUGAAGGCAAGAGCCACAGACUUUAACGAUUUAUGUGUUUUGGAGUGGAGUCAGAAUGUGUCGAGUGCAGCCUUGACAACACUUCAGCAGCGGAAAUGGCACAAACCGACUACUCUUCCAAUUUCAAGUGACGUAUCGAUAGUGCACCGAUAUGUGACGGCAAGGAUCAGAGAAUGUGCCGCAACAAUUCAGCAGGAAUCGCAGAACCCUGCAGUCCAAUACAGCAUGCUUUCUUCAGCCUUACUUUGUCAAUUAGUAAUGUUUAACAGAAGAAGAUCAGGGGAAGCUGAACGGAUAAAAGUAAGUGACUUCCAGAAUCGCAAGAUUGAAGAAAAUAGUGAUGUGUUGGAUGGCCUGUCUUGUUGGGAGAAGAAGCUGUGUGCAGGUCUGCACCAUGCAGUGAUAUGUGGAAAAAGAGGAAGAAGGGUGCCGAUUCUUCUAACAGGGCAAAUGAUAGAGGAUAUAGAGCUGCUGAUAUCACAGAGAGGACCAGUUGGAGUAGAUGAAAGCAACGGCUUUCUCUUUGCUAGACCUUCAGGUAACUUCCCGUAUCGAGCUUCAGACUGUCUCAGGAAGUUCGCAGAUGAGAGUAGUGCAGAACAUCCAGAAUACAUUACAUCAACAAAACUUCGCAAGCAUGUUGGAACCAUGGCACAAGUACUCUCUUUGCGUAACAAUGAGUUGGACCUGCUAGCUGGGUUUAUGGGUCACAAUAUAGAUGUUCACCGGAACUUCUACAGGCUCCCUGAGAACACCCUACAAGUUGCGAAGAUCUCAAAACUUCUUCUGUUGAUGGAGAAGGGCACCCUAGCCAACUUUGCAGGACAGUCACUGGAUGACAUCAACGUGAGCCUGGAUGGUAAGUUAUUUACUGAUGGAAUCAUGCAAAAUGAGUUGGAACUCUCUAAGCACAUGCUUCUCCUUUUGUUUCAAUGCAUUUAG